GCGAUCACAGCGACCUAAUCAAAGGUGGAUCCAGGGCAAUCACAGCGAGCUAAUCAAACGUGGAGUCAGGUCGAGCGAGUGCGUGGUCACGACUUCCGUGGUGUCUUUUCCGCCGAUAUAACCGGGAAGCUGAAGCACGCGAGGAAGAGAGCGGACGCACUCUACUUCUGUCCCGGAGACUAUCUUCUGUAAGACGGCUGCGGCACACUGUGCACAACUCUCUGAGCUGCAGCCUCAUCGACUGUGGACCCGUUACUUAAUCUGCGUGUCCAUUGGUCAAUCCAAUCAUUUCGAUCGAUUCGAUCAGCCAAGAGGACCCAUCAAUCGAGCAAUAAAUUGGCCAAUAACACAUAAAAAAUCAAUCGACAACGGAUUCAGCGGCCAGUUCAAUCGGUGUCUUGCGAAAGAGAGGGGAUGGAGGAUCAGCACGUUAGAGAUACGCAGCCUGUUAUCAGCGAUGUAGCAGAAAACCGCUUUGCGCGCGAUGGACGGAUAAGCAUAGACGGCUCAUCUGACGGCGCGAACACGUCAACAGCGGGUACGACAUCCCUCGAGGACGGCUCGCUUGGUUUUGUCCCAGGAAUUGGACGCCGAUUGCGUGUGUUUCUUCAAGCUGCUGCUAGGCCAGACACAGCUAGCAGUAUGCGAAGUAUGGAUGAAGAUGAUUUACCUGAUGAGGCAUAUGAGUUCACUGCAGAAGAUUAUGCCAGAAUUAUGGCUAGCAAGAAGCCGGAAGAGAUUCAUCUCAAAACGAGGAAGAUCAGGGAUAAGGAGCAGGCCGAGAAGCUGAGGAAUCUCAAGAAG